UUUUCUGAUAUUAAAACGAGUGUAAGAUAUUAGUGCCGAAAAUUCUGAAGAAUAACUUUUCCCUCUUUACUAUUUCUCCCAGGUCACUAAUCUGAGAGUUAUAUAUUGCAUUUGAAACGACUAAAAAAACUGAACUGCAUUUAUCUUAGCAAUUGAAAUCAUGCUUAAAAUCUUGAAUUUGCUGGUCUUGAGUAUUUGUUGACCAUAUUUCCUCCUGUUAUUGUUUCCUUAAUGGAUUUUUACCAAAUAAUUCUUUACCUUGUAAGACUUUUCUCCAUAAUAUUAAACAUUAAUCGAUUUUCUUUAAAAGUAUUUAUUGCCACAUUGGUUGUUAUUUCAACGGGAGCGAGUAAUUUUGUGCGCAACGAAGACAUCUGUGGUCAGAAUAAUGGCAGGCGCCUUUAUCUUGAACUCGGAGAACGAGGUUUGCUCUAUGCAAAGAAUGUCACCUUCGCUAAAAAUGUACCGAGACAACAAACGUCACGGAUUUACGUGACCAAUAGUUCACACAACCAGUGCAGUUUAGAACUUGUAUCUUGUCCCUCUUGCAUUAUAACUGUGACUUUCAAACACUUGGAAUUAUCUCAUCACUGUGGUGAUGGAAGCAUAACGAUGGACAGUCCCUGCAGGUGUGAUUAUGUAUGGAUUGCCGAACCUCCAUACGAAGAUGUAUCUGGCACACCGUUCUGUGGCUUGUACACACCUCUAACUUAUAGGUCUAGCACACGAACAUUAUCCAUCACUUUGUUGUAUAGCAAAUCGCACAAGCAUGCGUUUGCUAUGGAAUAUACAGCUGAGAGGAAUAGAUUACAUCUAAAGGGCACAGAUAUUGUAACUGGAGUGGCUAAGACGUUGAAUAGUACUGGCGGUGGAAUAUUGACCUCCCCAUUUUUUCCAGCACGUUAUCCUAGAGAUUUGGGGAUGGAAUAUGUGAUAACAUGUGCUACUGAAGCUUCUUCCUGUCGAGUUAGGGUGCUUUUUAGUGAUUUUCAGCUCGCUACUGUUUCCAUUGUGGAGUUUUACGACUGGAAUGGACAGCGUUUGGAUGUGAGUAGCGGCGCGAGAUUUCGACCUCCAGUAAUAGUUAGCUCAGGACCUUCCCUUCUCAUAAGAUUUUAUGCGAAUGGUGGAACUGGUCUUGGCUAUAAAGCAUUUUACUCAUUUGUUAUCGGUCAUUUAUAUGACAAAUCUGUACAACCAAUUACGGAUUGUGGCGGAUAUGUUGAAAAUUUGGGUGGAGCCAUAACAAUGAUGGAUAUGGUUGGGCAGGGAGCAAAGACCUACGAUUGUGUCUGGCUGAUCAGACCCCCAAAAAACUUUUUGCACAUGAAAACUCACCUGUAUUUGAAAGUUGUUACAUUCGCUGACAUGGCUGGCACAACAGAAUUAACGAUCAAACAAGGUCCCACAUCUGCUCUCUCUCCACUCGAAAUAUUGAGGCAUCCUGCUAGUCAAUUGCAGCCUCCGAGAUUAAGGGAGCAUAUUGCUCCAGUUGCAAGUGGCUUUCAUGUCAGUCUGAGAGGAACAUUUGGCCCUACUUCUAGACUUGCUAUUGCAUAUUCUGCUUUCAGCUAUAUGGAUUGUUUCACUGGAUCAGAUUUUCUAUGUCAAAAUCAUAGAUGCAUACCGAGUCAGCUUAACUGUGAUGGAUUCGAUCAUUGUGGAGAUGACAGUGAUGAGCCAGCAACUUGCUUCAGAAAUUGGGAAAUGGAGCCACAAGAUAGAAAAUGGCAUGUUAACAAGGCAAACUAUUAUUUCCCGAAAAUUGAUCGAUAUCCUGACUUGAAAACAGCGACGCUAGUAUUUGUUGCCAGCAGUCUCGGAUUGAUUGUUCUCAUAUCUGCUUUGAUUGUAUUAUUAUACCGAAUGGGUGCUCGAGCUCGUCAACAGAGAGAAUUACAAUCACGUUUGCAGACCAUCAGCGAACUUCUAGUUUUUGAUAUCACAGAUGGAGCACGAAUUGAUGAAAUAACAGUUUCCGACGAUCCUCCUGUUUAUGAAGCCCCUCCAGGGUACGACGAAGUUGUAAAAGUCGGACUUGAAUCUGAGGGCACUAGACGUAAACGAAAGAGGACUCCAUGUAGACAACCUCGCAGUAGAAGUACUCCUAAUCAAAAUUCCUUUGAUUUGGAAACGCAAUCAACAUCCCUAUUAGUGGGAGAGGAUGCAAACACAAGUCGCAGCAGUCAAACGACUCCUGUGCUACCAGAGCACAGGCAACCAAUACCUGAAAGUCCACCCCCGGCAUAUAUAACUCCACCUGGAAGUGUUCAUAGAAAUAUUGGAAUUCCUAUAACAACACCUCCCCCUUUUUCUAAUGACGCGGCAGACGAGAGUCAAAUUUAUAUCAGCAGACAAGGUAGCAGGGCUCGAUGUACUUGGAUCGACAAUGCAGGUCCAAGUUCGACAUCACCCCCUCCAGUUUUGGAGGCAACCCCCUUUGAGGGGGCGCCGUCUCGGUUGGAUGCUGAAACGCUUGGUGCGUAUCUCCGAUCUUACAUAGCAGACAUAACACAAAAUUCUACCCUGCAGCAAUGCAGCUCUCAAGAUGCAUCGAGGGACACGAAUCUAACAUACGAAGAAAGAUCAAAAGACCAAAAAGACGAAAUUAAUCUUGACGUUGGACGAGAAAAUUGCGCUUGCGAGGGUGCUUGCGGGUGUGCUAAUAGCGAGCCUAAUAACUCAACGGAGGAUACGGCACUCCUUGAAAUGAUACCCCCGAUUACUGCAGAUCGUCCCUCGGACUUGACGUCCAGAAAAGAUGCAAUUAUUAAAUUACUAGGAAAUUCCAGCAGCUCUGGGAGAUCCCCAAUUCGAACUAGUCUGAAUUCCACGACAGUUUCGAAGACUUCUACCCCAGACUCAACUCUCGAAAGACCUGGGAGUCAGCCGAGUCGUCGUACGCCUUCCACUUGCUCUAGAGACAGUUGCAUCACCAGAAUAUCGACGGUGAGUUCACGAUACAGUACCGAUGAGCUCCAAGACGAAUUUGAUAUUGUCUCGGAAGUUGCCAGUGUCGGAGGGACCACGAAUUACAACACUCUGGCGAAUACUCCGAAUUGUACUCCGCGAAUAACGAGUCGUAUACCAGCUAGAGCUCGCAGCUAUUCCACUUGUGAUUUGGAAAGCUUGUAUGAGGGAAUGAAAAUUUUAGACUCUUUUCUUGCAGCGCGGGGUAUACCGGUUAUCCACAACCGCAAUCAGUCUAUAGAAACAUUGCAUCAUGUUGGAUCCGAAUAUUUUUGUGGAAAUGAGAAUCCCAUCACCCCCGCUAAUACACAAAUUGCUAGCGUGACACGAAUUUGGCGCUCCACCGAUGAUGCUUUGAUUAUUUAAUUAGCAUCUGACGAUGAGUUUCUCUACCCAAUAUUAUGUAGACGUCGUAACGUCCAUUUGAUCACGAAAUUUUUGUAUGUUGUACCGCUCUUACAGGAGAUUGGACUGUACUGAACCCUUUCAGUAGUUGAUCGUAAUCUGAGGUGCCGAUUGAUUUACGAAAAUCCUUCCAAGAGCAAGUCUGAUAAGUAUGUGCUUAUUUUCCAUUGAUAAUUGGAAAAUACCUAUAUGUAUGUAAUUGAUUAAUGGCUGUGAUUCUGUGAGAUAUAAUGGGGAGGAACAGGGAGAUAUAUGAUAAUACAGGUAUCAAAAACUAAAAUAUUUAUUCAUCGAUUAUGCGACCGUAUAAUAACGUGUCAUGGCGAACGUGGCAAAUGGAAAAUAGAAAAAAAAUCCUGACUACUAAUUAUUCCUUGAAAGUAUUUAUAAAGAAGGACUAGAAAACUGAUGCAAUUUCAGAACAAAUGAAAUAUAUUUAACUGUAUGUAGUUCUUUGAGUAUUAUUAUCCAUUUAAUGUAAUCGAUUUUAUUUCGAACGAAAUUAGGAACAAAAUGAAAUUCCUCAACUAUAAACCAGUCCAUUUCAAAUUUGGAUAAAAAUCUAUAAGUUUAUAUUAAAAAUUAGAACAUGCCAUAAUAAACUAGCAUUAUAAAUGA